AUGGAUAAAAUGCUCAUUAAAAAUGAAGUAAAUGAUGAACAGUUAGAAGAUGAACAGGAAGAGGAGGAAGAAGAGAAGGAAGAUGAGGAAGACGAUGAAGAAAAGGAAGAAGAAAAAGAAGAAGAAGAAGAAGAGGAAGAGGAGGAAGAAGAAGAGGAAGAGGAGGAAGAAGAGGAAGAAGAGGAGGAAGUAGAUGAAGAAGAAGCCGAAGAAAAGAAAAAGCAAAAUGCAAUUAAUCGAAAACCGCCAUUAUUACUUGUUACACAAUCAUCGACACAAAAUUCACCCAAUCAUCUUACCACCGAAUUUACAUUUGUUGAUAAUAUUAAUUUUAAUAUGAUGCAAACUAAUGAUGGAGAUAAUGAUGAAGAAGGAAAUGAUGCAAUAUUAAAUAUGCAAAAUGAUAAUUUCGAAACUGAUAUGACUGUUACGGAAACAAUCGAAUUACAAACGGAAAAUGAUAAAACGGAAAGGAAGCCAAGAGAUAAUCAUUAUCCAAUUGUAUUAUCGGAAAGCCGGAAACAUUCUUUAUCACCAAUUCCUGAUUAUGAAAAUGAUUUUAAUGAAGAAUUUAUUGUUGAAGCACCAACAAGAAAUAAUGAUAAUCGAGGACGUGUAUCGGAAAUUAUGGCAAUACCAGCACCAAUAUUUGCAGCAUCAAUUAGCUAUGAUGAUAUGGAUGAUUGGGAUUCAACACAAGAAGAAUCGGUGGAAUUAUUAUCAGAUUAUGAAGAUAUUGAUGAUUUUCAUUCUGAUGAACAAUAUACAAGAAAUAGAAGUUGUUUGGAAAAUGAUGAAUAUUGUCCAUCAUCAUCAAGCAUUGGAAUUUAUUUCAGUCCUAUUUCAUCUCCAACCGAUGACUAUGAUGGUAUACAGUAUCAGGAUAGUGUUAAUGUUGGUUGUACACUUAAACUUGUCCAAAAAGCAGCAUUAAAAUGUGACGAUGAUGAGGAAUCUUCCAGCGAAUGUUAUGAUGAUUCGGAGUAUGAUGAAGAGGAAAUGUACACAAAUGAUGAAGAUGAUGAUGAGUAUACAGAAGAUGAUGAAACAUCAGAAGAUUUGUAUACCAUUGACAAUAUUUCUACCGAACCAUUGGAAUCUGCAAUUGAUAGUAUUUCAUCAAUUUCAAUUCCACCACUAGUAGUUGCAUCAAUGCACGAAGACGAUGAUAUUGAAAUUGACGAAAUAUGCGACGAAAUAUUUGAUGACGCGUUUUCGGUACCAGUAGCAAUACUAUCAAAUGUAGAAAAGAUCGAAAUAGAAGAAAAUGAAAUACCAGAAAAGCAUCGUGAAAUAACUUAUACAGAUGAAAUUCAUUUAAAACAAAAUGCUGAGGAAGUAUUAAAACUUACUAUUAAGGAAACUAAUGAAGACGCAGCUAUGGAACAUAUUGCUGAAGGAGCAACUGAAAUAAUUGUCCGGAAAAUGGUACCACAACAUGUGGUACCAGCGGAAGAAAAUGUUGAAAUAGUUGAAAUUGAUGAAUUGGAAGUGCAAAAACCUGAGCAGGUUGUAGCAAUUAUUAAGGAACAUGAUAAUGAAAAAGAAACUAAACAAAUUGAAGUAAUACCAACUUAUGUUUGGCCAACUACCGAAGAUCAACCUGUAGAUAGUGUUCGAUCUUUCAUUCAACGAAAGCCAAGUACUGAUUGGGCCAAGAAAGCAGUUGUUUUAGCGCCAAAAUUUGAAACUGUUAAAAUACAAAAAGUGCAAGUUCGUUUUGAUGAAGAAAGGUAA